CAGCCAGAGGGGGUCGCUGUCACUUCCGGUGCUUCCUCUGUGUUUACGUUCAUUCUUCAAGAUGGAAGACGAUGUGGAUGUUGACAUUGAGGGAGACGAGUUGGAUGUUAAUAUCGGGGAUCAAGAUGCAAAAGCGUUAGUUCGGGAGCAGUCAACGUGGAAAAGCAACGCGGGGAUUCUGCCAUGGGAGUUGGACACCUCUAUCAGCAAUGAAAACCGAGAAGCGAUACACAGAAUGCUACUGGAGGAGCAAUACUACCUGAAAGGCCAGGCAAUUCCCGACCAUAUUUGGCCCAGUGAUGCCAAUGAUAAGCCUAAAGGGAAAAAGUCUCAAGCCAAGACCUCCUCUUCCUCCUCCUCUUCCUCAUUAUCCCGAUGGUCCAAACAAGAAAAAAAGUUAUUUGAAGAGGGGCUGGCGCAGUUUGGGCGAAGGUGGACAAAAAUCGCCAAGUUGGUGGGCAGCCGUAGUGUCCUUCAGGUCAAAAGCUACGCCAGACAGUAUUUGAAACACAAGGCCAAGCUGGCUACAGACGCUGCAGCUUCCUCUACAGGCAGCGGGCCACCCUUGCCGCCCUCUCACCCCAGCACCACCAACACGGUGCGCAUAGAAAGACUGGAUGAAGACGAGGACGAGGAGGUGGACAUCACCGAUGACCUCGGCGGUGAGCGUGAGGCCGAGCGUCAGCCCGAACCUCCCCCGGCGCUUUCGCUAGGCCCCUCGGAGGAGUCUGCAGACGAACGAGAACCCGAAGCUGAAACGUCAACAGUCUCCAAGUGGAUGGAGGAGGAGGAAGAGGAGGAGGAAGCCGCAGAGGUUGACGGACCGCAAGACGAUCAGGAGGAGGGGGAGGAGGAAGAGGAAGAAGAGCUUAAAGCACCGGAGCAGGAAGUGGAGCUUGACUUGUGGAGCAUCAGCGAGGAGGAGAAGCAAGCCAUCCCAGAGUUCUUCGAGGGACGGCCUUCCAAGACGCCCGAGCGAUACCUGAAGAUCCGCAACUACAUCCUGGACCAGUGGCUGAAGAGCAAACCCAAGUACCUGAACAAGACGUCGGUGCGGCCCGGCUUGAAGAACUGCGGCGACGUCAACUGCAUCGGGCGGAUACACACGUACCUGGAGCUCAUCGGCGCUAUCAACUUCAACUGUGAGCAAGUGGUGUAUAAUCGGCCCCGGGUGGCGGACCGCUCGAAGCAGAGAGAGGGCAAAGACGUGCGGGAGGCGUACCAGCUGGCCCAGAGACUGCAGAGUAUGCGGACCAGGAAACGGCGCGUCAGGGACACGUGGGGAAACUGGUGCGACGCCAAAGACUUGGAGGGACAAACGUAUGAGCAUCUUAGCGCUGAGGAGUUGGCUAUGCGCAGAGAGCGGACCAAAGCCUGCAAAGUGUCCAGACACAGAGGGUCUUUUGAUCCUUUCCAGCUCAUUCCAUGUCGGUGCUUUGGAGAAGAUGCGCAGGAACCCUUCCGAGUCAUUGUGUGUGCUGAGACGCUGCUGAUUAUGGACAUGCAUGCUCACGUCUCUCGAGGAGAGGUGAUCGGUCUGCUUGGAGGAACUUUCAACGAGGAGGAGAAAGUGUUGAAAAUCUGCGCGGCCGAGCCGUGCAACAGCGUGAGCACGGGCCUCCAAUGCGAGAUGGACCCUCUAUCUCAAACGCAGGCCUGCGACGUGCUCUCCUCUUUGGGCUUCAGCGUGGUGGGUUGGUAUCACUCCCACCCGUCCUUUCACCCAAACCCAUCUGUGCGGGACAUCAACACGCAGGACCAGUUCCAGAGUUAUUUCUCCCGCGGAGGCGCUCCUUUUAUCGGCAUGAUUGUGAGCCCGUACGACCCGGCCAAUCCCUCGCCGCAUUCCCAAACCACCUGCUUGUUGGUCAAGGAGAGCCAAGAGCCCCUGACGCCGCAAAAGCUUCCCUACAAAUUCGACUUCCUGCCAUCACAAGACAUCCCGGACUGGGAUCAGACUUUGAGACGAGCCCUUUGGAUCAUCCACAAGUACUCCCAAGCAUCAGGGAGCGUGAACAUGGAGCGAUUUUUCCGGAGGGACUCCCACCUAACUUGUCUGGAAAAGAUGCUGUCAUCGCUGGCCAGGUACUUGGAGCCGCUGCCCGAUGAGGACGAGGCGGGAGAAGCCUUCCUCACUCAAAUCCACGCUCUCUUCCUUUCUGACUUCAUCGCCCGGCAGCAACAGCAGCCCACUCAAGGCGAGGAUCAGGAGAGCAACUCGUCAAGUAACUCACCCGUGCCCGUGAGUUCAGGAGAUGUCCAGGAGGAUUCAGGAGGUGAUGAAACGGACUCAAACAAUGUACUGCAUCUUGGCUCUGUGCUCUCUACUGGACACGACUAUUUACUCUGAUCUCAUUGUAUGUAGAAUUCAACAUUUGUGUAAGAUUUUUUACCAUUAUAAAAACAUACAAUAUGUAGACUAUAUGGAAGAAAAAACUUGCUUGUUUGUGUACCUCGAGAUUCAAGUGUUUCAAGUAUCCACAUCAUUUCAUGUGUAUGCAUGAACUAUACUGCCCCCUGGUGGACAUGAAACCACAGCGUAUGCAUAAACUGUUUAUUUCCAUUGUUCUUUAAUGUUACACUAUAUUUUAAUGCAUAAACUCUUGUAUCCUGCUUAAAAGAUUAUUACUGUAUAUUUUUAUAAAGUAAUGUAGCGAA